UUGUGUGUGUCCUAACGGUAAUAGUUCAGUAAUAUCAUUUGUGUCAUUUGAGUUUUUAUAUCUCUCUUUAAUAGGGUGAUAUUUGGUAUAAUCCAGAGUACCUGAUUGACCGUGUGGUGACAGUAAUUUAACAAGAAACGUCUUAGAAGUAUAUAUUGUGAAAGCGAGUGUGGACAUAAGUCAACCUUUGAAUGUGUGAACAUUGUGCGGUAGGGAGGGGCUGAGUGGGAGCACGAGUACACUCAGGGAGAGAUAGGGACGUCUGACCAGGUCAUCAGAUGAAUUCUGCAGCACCUUAACGCUUCAGAUGUUGUUGCUGUCUUGUUGGCUUUCUUCCUCAACCAUCAUGGAUCUCUCAGAUUCCCAAAAGAGGACUUAUGAUAUUUACAACAGCAUUUACUUUGGCUGAAAUGAGCCACCAUCUUCAAGUGAAUUUCUGAAACAGGACAGACUCGGUCAGUAUGCUGCACCACCAAUCACCUCCUCGUCAGCUUCUAUCCAUCUGCCUCGUGUUUCUGGUGUGUGGUGUGAAUAAAGCUGUUUGUUUGCUCGGAGGGGGCAGGAGGAUUUGGCAGCAGCCCAAGCCGGAACCCUUCAACAAAGACCAGUCUUUCCUCCAUGACACGUUCCCUUCAGGGUUCCUUUGGGGGACAGGAACGUCUGCCUUCCAGACUGAAGGAGCCUGGGAUCAAGAGGGUAAAGGCCCAUCCAUCUGGGACCAUUUCACCCACUCAACUGUUGGCACUGAUUUGGCAACCGAAACUGCAAAUGUGGCAAGUGACAGCUACACUCGCUGGGAAGAAGAUGUGGAGGCACUGGAAUAUCUGGGAGUAAUAUCAUACUCUUUCUCGCUCUCCUGGCCCAGACUUUUCCCUAAUGGAGAUGCAAAGAAUCAGGCCAACCCAGCAGCUGUGGAGCAUUACAGCCGCCUCAUAGAGAAGCUUCUGGAAAAGAAAAUUGAGCCCAUUGUCACUCUUCAUCACUGGGACCUGCCACAAGUCUUACAGGAACACUAUGGUGGCUGGAGAAAUGACACACUGGUGGGGCUGUUUGAGGAGUAUGCUGCAUUUUGUUUUCACACAUUUGGGAGUCGUGUUAAGAUCUGGCUCACAAUGCAUAACCCGUACCUGGUGGCCGUGCAGGGGUACGGGACAGGUGUGCAUGCUCCUGGAGAAACAGGAGGUGCUGCUGGCUCGCUCAUUGUGGCCCACAACCUGAUCAGGGCCCACGCCAAAGCAUGGCACACCUACAACACCCACUUCCGUCCAACUCAGAGGGGCCAAGUAUCCAUUGUUUUGGGAACUCACUGGGUUGAGCCUCAAAGAGGAAAAUCCACAGUUGAUAACAUCGAGUUUUGCCAGCAGUCCAUAGAGGCCGUCCUUGGCUGGUUUGCCAACCCCAUCUUUGGUGAUGGGGACUACCCACCCUCUUUGAAAAUAAAACACGGGGCCCUCCUGCCUUCUUUCUCCCCCGAGGAGAAGCUCUGGGUGCAGAAAACAACUGACUUCUUUGCUUUGUCCUUUGGGCCCAACAACUUCCGUCUGGGCCGAGGCCUGGUGCAGUAUGGGCAGACUGUUUCCCCGGACCUGAGGCGCAUACUGGGCUGGAUAAAGCUGGAGUAUGGGGACCCGAGGGUGAUGGUGGCAGAGGGAGGCUGGUUUUCUGAAAGCAGUGUGGGAAGAGAGGACACGGUAGCCAUUUACUUGAUGAAGAGGUUUAUCAACCAGGUUCUGCAAGCUAUCAAGUUGGAUGGUGUGAACGUGUUCAGCUACAGUGCCUGGUCAUUAGUGGAUGGAUUUGAGUGGAAUUAUGGCUUCACUGUAAGACGUGGCCUUUUCUACAUUGACUUCAGCCAGCUAAACCGAACAAGGACUCCAAAAACCUCUGCUCAGUACUACAAAAAUGUCAUCACUGACAACGGCUUUCCCAAUGACAAAACCUCCAGAGAGUUACAAGGACGUUUCCCCUGUGAAUUUCACUGGGGAAUCGCUGACUCCACUUUACAGGUCCACUUCUACCCUUUCUCACCACAGUUUACUGACCCACAUCUCUACCGCUGGAACCUUACCGGGGACAAUUCAUUGCAUCCAGUCCCUGGUGUGACGAUGCAGACCAAACCAGCCCAGUGCACUGACUACCUGGCUAUUCGUGGUCAUCUUAACCUGUUUGCGUCCACAGAGGCAUCUCACUACCGCUUUGCCCUUAACUGGUCUCUGAUAUUACCCCAGGGAGACAUUUCCAAUGUGAACAUGGAAGCUCUGAGGUACUACCGCUGUGUCCUCAAAGAGCUCAAGAAGCGGGACCUAAAGACUGUCCUAAUCCUCUACUACCCCACACACAGAGCUCCAAAUCUGGGCUUGCCUGGGCCUCUGCAUGCCUCUGGUGGUUGGCUCAACUACAGCACAGUAGAGGCUUUUCAGGAAUAUGCAGCUCUGUGUUACCGGCAGCUUGGGUCCUGGGUUCCUUAUUGGAUCACCGUCAAUGAGCCAAACAGACUGGUAGAUGUUUAUUCAGGUGAGAAAGAGAAGCACCAGGCAGCUCAUCACCUGCUGCUGGCCCAUGCAAAAGCAUGGAGACUGUAUGAGCGGGAGUUUUUAAGUCACCAAGGAGCAAAGGUGUCACUCGCUUUACAUGCCGACUGGGCUGAAGCUGCAAACUCCUUCCUGGACUCACAUUCAGCAGCUGCACAGAGAUUCCUUUUGUUUGAAAUUGGUCGCUUUUUAGACCCAUUGCUGGGAACUAGAAAUAAGGAGGAGCAUCACAAGGGGGACUACCCACAAGAAAUGAGGGCCUACCUGGAGGAGAGAGCCAGAGUGAUGGGCCUCCCCGGAUCUCCUCUUCCAAGUUUUACUGAGGCCGAAAGAGAGGAGCUGAGAGGGACGUUAAGUUUUAUCGCACUGAAUCAUUUUACUACCCGUUUGGUCUCUCCAUAUCCGCACACACAAGCUAAAAUUCCGCACAAACAACCCCCUGAUCAUGGCUGUUUGACCCUCUCUGAUCCCACCUGGCCCUCCUCUGGUCUGGGGCAGGCUCUUGUACCCUGGGGCUUGAGGAAGAUCCUGAAUUGGGUGAGCCAGAGAUAUGGAGUGGCUCUGCCGAUCAUUGUCACAGCCAGUGGGGUGGAUGACCAAGCUCCUGUUGAGGACAAACUCAGGCAACACUUUCUCAGGAGUUACCUGCAGGAGGCGCUUAAAGCUCGCCAGUUAGAUGGAGUAAACCUGCAGGGCUUCUUUGUGUGGAAACUGCAAGACCGACAUGUCCCCCAGUUUGGCCUCUUCACCUCUAAGCAACACCACUCCAAAGCUAAAGCCUCCAUCGCUGUCUACAGAGAAAUCAUCACCCAAGGAGGUUUCCCUGAGGAUAACACCAAACAGACCUGCGGGCUGAGCGCGCUGCAGGAACCUUGCUCUGUUUGUGCGUGGAUGUUCGAGAACAAAGCAAUGCUGGUGUUUGGAGGCUGCCUCCUAAUAACAUCUGUUAUGUUCAUAGCACUUGUCAUCUUUGUCAUCAUCACCAAAAGAAACCAAAGAGUCAGGGGGGUGAACAGAAUAAUCAAGAGGAGGGAAGGAGUCACUGUGUGCUCAUGUCGGCCUGUUAAGUACAAACUGCAGCGACAUUAACUGUUUGUGAAGCAGAACAAAAACAUGGUGGAUCAUUGUUAGAGAAGAUUAUUGAUUAUCUAUGACUGUUUCCUUUUAGUGAUCAGUUUACAAACAGUUAUUGUUCAGAUUAAGCACCCACAUCCGUUUAACUGUGAUGAAAGGUUAUUUAAAUGAAUGGGAACAAAAAUUGUAAAAGCUAUUAUGUCAGCAUGUUUCCACACAUAAAUGACCCUGAGCUGGCAAUAGAUUUACUGAAUACAAAAUACCCCUUCUUUUGAAGAACAUAUGUCAAUAUUGUGAUUAGUGUAUAAUAAAGUUAUUCAGUGAG